AUGAUGUUGAACGUACCGGGUAUUCCUGACAAUGUCAAGGUAAUGUACACGGAGAUCACCAAACGUUGUAAUUGGACCACACAACACCGAAUCCCUUUAACAAUUGAGACGAUUGAGGAAUUUGUGGAACUCGAAGGUGUUACAGUGACAACUGUGAAAUCCUUUGAGUUGAUUUUCCACGUCCUUUACGACUGGAAAAAAUUGUACAAUACGUUUAUCUUGUUUAAGUUAUGGACUUUAUCAACAAGGGACGUGGCCUUAGAAACUAUAAGGAAUGGACAGAUUUUACUUGGUCUGUCUCUGAGUGCACAUUAA